AUGCCGAGGGAGAACGAGCCGCCUCCUCGCCCUCUGAAGCUCCCGGACGGGAGCCUGGCCUAUGAGGUAGAGUCAGUCGUGGGAAUCCGCAAGACAGAGGGUGGGAAGAGCGAGUAUCUCGUGAAGUGGGUAGGAUACCCAUCGAACCAGAACAGUUGGAUCGAGGAGGAGAAUUUGCCCGCAUACUUCAAGGACAACCUGGGAUGGAAAUACUCCGAUCCAACGGCUGACUGA